AUGCAAGAGGAGCAACAGCCUGAGGCUGCUGCAGAUCCAGUGUCGUCCUCUGAUGCACCAGAAGAUGGUCCAAAGGAAACGUCAAGUGUAUCGCAGAAUAUCUCUGAUGCAGAUGCAUUUAAAAUUCUUCUGGAGAUGAAGAUGAAGAAGAGGCAGAAAAAGCCUACUUUACCAAGCACUGUGACUGAGCUUGACACCGAGGAUGGUUCUAAAGUAUAUGUGGUUGGAACAGCUCACUUCAGCGACAGCAGCAAAAAGGAUGUAGUGAAGACAAUACAGGAAGUGCAGCCUGAUGUAGUUGUGGUGGAACUAUGCCAGUACAGAGUUUCUAUGUUAAAAAUGGAUGAAAAAACAUUACUAAAAGAAGCCAAAGAAAUAAAUCUGGAAAAACUUCAACAAGCUAUAAAGCAGAAUGGAGUCAUGUCUGGAUUGAUGCAAAUGCUGCUUCUGAAGGUUUCUGCUCACAUCACAGAACAGCUGGGAAUGGCCCCAGGAGGAGAAUUCAGGGAGGCUUUCAAAGAGGCCAGCAAAGUACCUUUCUGUAAAUUCCAUCUUGGAGACCGACCCAUCCCUGUUACAUUUAAGAGAGCAAUUGCUGCACUUUCUUUCUGGCAAAAAGUCAAGCUUGCAUGGGGCCUGUGCUUCUUAUCUGACCCAAUCAGUAAAGAUGAUGUGGAGAAAUGCAAGCAGAAGGAUUUACUGGAGCAGAUGAUGGCAGAAAUGAUUGGAGAAUUUCCUGAUCUUCAUCGAACGAUUGUCUCGGAGCGAGAUAUUUACUUGACCUACAUGCUGAAGCAAGCAGCAAAGCAGAUAGAACUACCUCGAGCUUCAGAAACUGAACCUAGAGAAUAUAUCCCAGCUGUUGUAGUUGGUGUUGUUGGGAUGGGUCAUGUACCUGGAAUUGAGAAGAACUGGAACUCUGACUUAAAUAUCCAGGAAAUAAUGAGUGUGCCUCCUCCAUCAGCUUCAAGCAAGAUUUUCAAAUUUGUCAUAAAAGCAACAGUUUUUGGACUGAUGGGAUACGGCUGCUACCGAAUAGGUCAAAGGACAGUUCAGUUUAUUCUCUCGAUGCCAGCAGCACAGAGCUACCUUCAGAAGCUGACAGAAAUGAGGUCUCAGCAUUGAACAUCAAGUGAAGGCACUAUGUGAAGAAGGUGGCUGAAAAAGGGUGAUGGAGGCAACAAACAUGAACGGGACUGAAAGAAGAGAGAGACGAGGAUUCUCAUCAGAGGUGAUUGAUGCUGGGCAAAGCUGAAUUGCUGUAUAAGAAAAGAUUUGAUACUCAAGUUACACCAGCUAUGAUCUAAUGAAUAGGUUUGAUUCCUGGCAAGUGUGUUGCAUGAAACCACAUGAUUCCAGAUUGAGGUAAAAUAAAUAUGUACGCAAAUAUAUAUAUUAUAUAUAUGCAUACUGUGUAUAUAUAAUAUAUAUUACUGACGAUGUAGUACAGACAGCUUAAAGAGUGUA